UCAGAUUAGUAACACCUUGGCGACCAACAACGAACUUGAACCGCUACCACCAUCUGCACUCUACUUACUAGCAAUGUUUCUACAUGUUUAAUCGAUAUGAAGAGAUCUACACGCAUCAACGAUAAGCCAAUCACAAGCGACAAUGCGAACACGUCGACGUCAGCUCGCCCUAGCAAGACGCGAAAGGUUAUGUCUGCCAUGGCAGCAGAAGAUUCUCUGUCUCUUUCCAAGAUAAGACGAGGUCGUCUGGCCCAGUUUUUCAAAUCUCAGCUGGCCAAAGUGCCACUCGAAAUCUAUCUUGAGAUUUUUUCGUAUCUAGGUUCUGUGGAUCUUCUGCGUCUGUCAAGGACCACAAAACAUUUCAGGAACUUCCUGAUGAGUCGUUCUGUUCUUUCUUUGUGGAAGAGCGCGUUCUCAUAUGUAGCUCCUUUGUCGAAAUUGUAUCCGCCGAUGAGCGAGCCCGCGAUCAUAGACUUCGUAUUUGAAAAGGGUUGCAAUUAUUGUGCCUCGAACAAACAUUCAUACCCAAUGACGAUGACGACAACAAAAAAUGCAUCUCUAGACUAUAGGGUUUACCACGUCAAUAUUGAUGUGUGCUGAUCGUAUGAAAAUUUCUAGUCAUGUUUCCGAGUCUGCGCUAUUGAUCAAUAGCAAAACAUCUGGACUUGGCAAAUUCAUACAGGCCCGGCACUCCAUCUCUUUUAUUGAACGUCGACCGGUUCAAAAAGAAGGUGCGUUCCUCCAUGGGUAGUGAAUU